AAAUAUUAAAUAUUGAUAUAAAAGAAAUUGGUAUUGAUUUCAUUCAAUAAUAUUAAAACCACUAAAUAAAGCAAUCAAAUGAUAUCAAAGUUAGCCAAAAGAUUUAUUUUAAAUUCUAAAACGCUAAGUAGCUAGCCAUUCUAUAAAUUUUCACAGGAUCAAAUAAAAUAAAAUAAUAAAAGCAUUUAAGAGGAAAAGAACUAGCAAGAGCUAAGUGAAGAGGAUUAAAUAAAUGAAGAAUAGCUUAGAUUUUUGCUUACAUAAUCAUUAUUAUACCAAAAUACUCCUAGCGAGCUAAAAAUUAGGGAAUUACAUAAAAAUUUUGUUUUUGAUGAAAGUGAAGUGUAACAGCUGGGUAUUAGUUUAAAUCCAUAUGAUUAGUUCACUAGCGAUGAUGGGAAUGUUAUUUUUAUAAGACAUGCUUACUCUUUUCACAACUAUUUCGUUGACAAAUACAUAAAUUCAUAAACUAUUAAUAGCAAGAAAUUAAAAUAAUUAAUUAAGGAUAAAAUGUUUAGCAACUCUUAAGAAUUUGUAGAUACACCUUUACAUCCUUAUGGAAUAAUAUAGUGUAAAAAUAAAGCUCCUCAGCUUCAUAAAUUGAGAAUAUAAACUGUAUAUGUUUCGCCGAUGCAAAGGACUUUAUAAACUUGCGUAGAAUUAUUUAGGAACCAUCCAAACAAAAGAAAAAUACAAUUUAUUGUUUAGCCAUAAAUUUCAGAACAGCUAACAAAAGUCUCUGAUAUAUUUGACUCAAAUAAGUUCAUUGAUUUCAUUAAAACUAGUUAUUAGAAAGAUGGAAUAUCCUUUAAUUGCAGGUAUUUCUACUAGCAUAAUUGGCAGGCAAACAUUAUUGAUGAAUAACUUUUAAAAAUGCCUGCAUCAUCUUCAUCAGAUAGUGAUUAAGAAAUUAAUGGCGAAGAAGAAGUAUAAUAAUAAUUCAAUAAAAUAUAGAGACAUAUGGCUGAUACAACCACUAUUAUGAAUUUAAUGGAGUAUCACAAAAACUAGCCUUUAGAAAAUCAUUUUAACUUCGUAAGAAGAGUUUUGCAUACAAAUAAAUGCAUAAAGAGGUAUUCAUUAAAAUUAAAAGAAUAAAGUCUGCAAAAAUAAAAACAAUCAAUGGUUUGUGUUAUUUCUCAUGGAUACUUUAUAGAUACACUUAUUCGAAAAUGUUUUAAGGAAAAACACAAAGCUAUUAAUAAUUGCUCCUUUAUUUACAAGUCAUACGAUCAAGAAGAAUCUUAAAAUUAAGGCAAUUGA